AUGGAGUUUGCCAGUCCACGAUGGGGCGCCUACGAGGAUACGAGAUCACUGCGAGAUGCGACUACUCCUAGUGCCACAUACGCUGUGAGCGCGCAAUAUGCUGCCUAUGCCGACCGUCGGGGCGUGUUUGCUAGAAAGCUCGCGACCGGUGAGCACUACAAGCGGUUAUUUCGCUACGAAGAUGAAAGACCUUGGUUUCAGCCUGUCUUGGCCUUUUCCACCAUCCGCGGACGGCUUCUCGCUAUUGCCACGGGCGUUCAGAUCCUGGUCUUCGACGUGGACACGAAGAUUGUGAAGUAUGCGUUGAAGGGGAAUGGCAGGAUCAUCACUUCUCUGGCCUGGUCAGAGUCCAAAGCUGGCAUUCUGGCUACGGGAGCCGUGGACGGCAGCAUUUGCGUUUGGUCUAUCAAACAUCCCGCUCGACCACUCUAUCACGUUCGAGCCUUUCACGGCGCAUGCAAUCGCGUCGCCUUUCACCCCAAGGACCAGGAAUUAUUGGCCGGCUGCCACAAUGACUGCAUUUCAGUUUGGGCGCUUCCUUCUACCAAGCCUUUCCUAGUCACCAAAGCCAAGGACUCGGAUUUCACAACCUUGCGCUGGUUUGCGACCGAUCCUCUGCGUGUGCUGGGAAUCUCGUCAACCGGCUCAGUGUGCAUAUAUGAUGUGCAUUCCGCAUUGGAGACGUUUCGGCAGACUCCAUCUCGUAGGCUGGAAGAUAACGAUGAUGAGGAGACCAUGUUUGGCAGGCUUGAAGACAUCGGCUAUAUGCCAGCCUCUGAAUUCAGUAUUGGUAUGAACAUCAGCCAAGCUUUGUUGAUAGGCCGCAAUGGCUUGAUUGUCCUCCCUCGAGACGGGCAUAUACUGUUCUUUAUCACAUUUUUCGCGGACAGAGAUGAAGCUACUGAGUUAUGGCGACUUCGCCUGGAUGACUUAAUCGACUGCUUUUCUUUGCGCGUGCGGGAUCGAGCCGUGCAGGUUGUCGCCUGUAUGGGAGCAGAGACGCAAGCUUAUGAGGUACCCGGAACCGUUUUAGAUGGCAUGGGCUGGAAAAUCGCCACGAGCACGAGUGGCCAGUACGGAGACGAUGCUAGCCAGGAUCGCACAGAACCUGUGGCCCACACUAUGAGGCCAGAGUUACACGUCUACAGUCGCCUGAUCCAAUCGCCGCCGACGUCCAGGAAACCUCCUGUUGCCGAUCGCCUCGCAAAGCCAGAUGUCGAAUUCAAGAAGAAACCUCGAUUGCUUUUGGCAAGCAAGUCAAAAGCCGCCGUGCCUGCUGACAUACCAUCCUCGAUAACAUCUAGUCUCGAACUAUCUACAUCUAAAGGCGGAUACGAUGAGCAAGAGUCCCCCAUCACCGCUCUAUCUCCGAGCAUUCCUGCUAGACAUACGUCGCUGGAGCACGCGAUCUCACCUCUAGAUGAGUCGAUGCACUUGCCCGCACGCGCGUCAUUCGACUCCAUCACGUCAACUGCCGGCCACGACAGUGACUCUGAUGAUGAGACAUUUGCCGAACAGCUACAGGGGAGCGGAUCCUUUCUGCCUGGUGGUGUGAAUGUGCCACUACCGCGGACAUGCGGCGCCAGUUUUGGCGCUAACGGUCAGCUGAUUAUGUUUUUCCCAACGCGCGCCCAGCCCGCAUCCAUGAACAACAGUAUCACGGUAGAAGCACCUGCAACGCGGGAGCGACAUAACUCGACAGUGACGAGGCUCUUUCCACACUUUGGAAACUUGGGAUCUCGUGUUGGCGCGCUGUGGUCCACGACUGACAGUGUUGGUUCUCCCGAGAAGUACCGUCAUGUUGCAUAUCGCUCUUCCAUGCCAAUCUCGUCGUUCGGAAACAAUCCACAGUGGUCUACAAGGACUUCGCCCACCAAACCGACCAACACCGGUCUUACAUAUCAAAAGAACGUCAAGGUUGCCAUACACGAGGUCAAGUCCCUCCAGGCUAUGCAACGACUUGCAUACGAGUAUCGUGUCCUACCCGAAAAGGAUGAGUCAAUGGCCGAUUUGUGCUCCGAGAAUGCGACGUCCGCGGCAAAUGCAAGCAUGAAAGAGGCUGCCAGGAUGUGGCGCAUGCUAGCUGUGCUGCUGGAACAGAGGACUUGCGAUACAUCUAAGCUGACGCCGGAACAGGCCGAUGGUGUUGCCUCUUCAAGAACGCAGCGACCAGCCUUGUCACGAAACAUAUCAGCUGCUUCCGCCCACGAUGAUCGUGCAGGCCGCCAUAAUACGGUCCGGCUGGAAUGGCUGCAUCAUCCGAUGGGAAGAAAUUGGGCAAUGGAGAAAAUCCUCAGCUGGGCCGAGCUGCAAGCCGAUGUCCAGAUGCUGGCGUGCGUGACCUCCAUCUUGAUCCGGCUCUCAGAGGACUUGCGCCUUGACAAUUCGAGACAGCCUCUGCAAGACUGCUAUGGCGAUGGUCCACAAAGUCCACUUGGCAGGAAGCCCCCACCCAGCAUCCCACUCGUUCGUACUGAUACCAACAUUACUGAUGUUAGCUUGUCAGACUACUCUCCAGUCAAACCAUACAGUUCGCGGACAUCGUCAAGGGAUCCGUCGUUGCCGACCACCCCUUACAUCGACUCAUCAACAAACACUCCGCCAUUGGCCUUACCACCUCUCAACAGGCACACAUCACGAUUAUCUGCCUCGGGCUCGGCAAGCCCCGAAACUCAUCGCGGUAGCUUCAGCGCAGCGGCUAAGUACUAUGCGCAGACUAUAUCCGACAAGCUGGGCGGCUAUAGCACGUCUCCACCCAUAAGAAAGCUUGGUGGCAGUCCCGCCAACGAACUGUCGACAAGCCUUCCCACGGCAAUAGGUAGCUGGAGCAAGUCGGUGACUUUUGCUGCAGGCUCUGAUCCGACACGUGAUGGCCGCAGAAGUCUGAGCCUAGCACACGAUGACGAUAGCUACGACAGCGAUCGUACCAUUGACGAGAUGAGUCUUCCCCGGACGCCCAACUCCAAUCAUGGAAUCACAGUGCGCACACUAAACGGCCAAAGUUUUGGCGAUUAUGGUCUUGUAACUCGGCCUCUCGGCUUGUCUCUGCUCCCACAACACCUCGCUACAAAGUCCAGCAUCUGGCGCGAUACUUAUGCCGAACAGCUCAGAUCAUGGGACUUGAUCAUUGAAGCAGCGGAGUAUGAGAACAUUUCCGAUCUCGCGGGCGCGAAAUGUUUUAUUGCCUUCAAGGGAAUGUCACGCAGUCAUGUCGUUCCGCAUAUUGACCCGCAACGUCGAGGCGUAACAUGCUGCAUUUGUUUCUGCAUCAUCAAAGCUGCGAAGCAGGUGUGUCCAGCUUGUUUACAUACAACUCAUAAGCAUUGCUUGGAAGAACUUGUGGCCGACUUUGACGGGGUUGAUGCAGCUUUCACGUGCCCCACCGGCUGCGGUUGCGAGUGUGCUGCGGUGGGAGAUGUUUCGUAUCACGCGGUAGAGGAGGAUAGGCACGCGGAAUUGGAAGCUGCUGAGUCUGCGCCUGCGAUACAUGCUCAGUAUCCAAAAAAUAGGAGCCUGACUGAUCCGAGACUCCUUAGGCAGAGGUCAGAGGGAAAUUCGUGGUAAGGAAACUCUGCGAACCCAGCUGGAACAUUGGCCUAUUAAGCAUGCCAACCUUGGUUGUCGCAGAAGUCCCCACAGCGUUCCUGGUCCAGGCGACAGCGAUCACUACUCUCAAGGCGAUCAUCCUGCAUGAUAUGUACGAUUCACAAUGGCUGAGACUUUGGGUACCGCGUGACUAGAGUCGACUUUUUCCCCAUCACCAGAUCACCACAUAAAUCAACGGGGAGUCCGCUCUUCACCUGCUCAAGCUUAUGCAGUGAUCAAUCUCCAUUGAUGUGCUCGUGAGUCGUGCGCCCUGGCUUGGACCAUGGGACGACCUGAGUGGUGUGUAUAAACUGGGACGGAUCUUGUGACCUGCGAAAUGAUCAGCCGGUCUCCAGGACGAGAGCUGUUGACAUGCAGGACAAUGCUGGAUAUUUUUCUGCAGACGGGACGCUCGGCCACGGUCACGUUCUGCGCAUUCACAUGGACUGAAAUUAGUUUUACAUGAACAUGGUGAGAAUUACAGCCAUACUGCCCAGCCUAUCCAUGACCAGUUGGUAUUGAGGCACAGGGGGUCCCAUUUCUGAGACUGGCAUAUCCUUGCUGCACUGUGGUAGGGCUACUGGACGGGCGGGGCGGCUUUGGUACUACAGUACUAGUGUACGAGACGCAUUGAACCGUUCGCAGAUCUCCACACCAAGCUAACAUCAAGUCUAAGUGCUAUUACAUGCAGGCACUGCGCCAGUAUCUCAUUCGAAUGUGGAACAGUAUGCGGAACAUCUGUCUCCUCGCAUCACAAGACAUGUAGAACUACCCAAGGAUUAAGAAGCUACGGGCUUGCGCGCAGAUGUUUCCAGAAAGCUCAUCCUCCAUUCUGCCGUGGAGCGAGUUGUCCAAUGAUCAGCAUCGGUUUAUGGGUCGAGCCCCUUUAUGCUCCUAGAUGUGAAGAUACUCCGCACGCUGCGCAUGCUCGACCCUAGUUCAAGAUGCGCCGUGAAGCCGUGAAGCGGGGAAUUAGCCUCACUAUAACGCUCGCAAAGCAUGCGACUUUGACAAAUGGCCUUCGAGGGAUGGGCGUGUUUAGAAGACCCAACCGAGGCAGAAGGGCCUGGGAGUAAAUAUGUCAGGGGCUGAUGAUGCUGGAUCGUGGGCAUGCUCGAUCACGCCUCUUCCUAUAUCAUGCGCAAGGACCUGCUCCGACAUGCUUCUUUUUCAUCACGUCGACUGACCCUGGGAACACACGCUCGUCGUUACUCACCCACACGCUCGUUUAUACUCAACCAACAUCAUCAUGAAGUUCACUGUGGCGCUGUUUGCCAUUGGCGCCCUCGCCGCCGUGCGUCGCCAGACCGGCGAUUUGGCAUCCAACGUUCAGGCAAUCACAGAUGCAACAAAGAAGGUCACCACCGCCAUCGAAGGUUACAACGGAGAUGUUCAACAAGCAGCGGCCGUGGAAUCUGCUUCUAGCGAUGUCCUGGCAGCCAUCAAAUCUGCCCAAAGCACCGUGGAUGGCAUGUCCACCAUCGACCAAAGUGCCGCAAUCACGCUUGCAAUCCCCAUCAAAGACCUCUCCUCGGCUGUCGACGCCUCCAUCACCGCACUCAUUGGCAAAAAAGAUGCUUUCGACAAAGCAGGUCUCUCCUCACUUGUUCUCUCCUCUCUCCAAGACCAGAAGAAGGCUUCCGACGCCUUGACCAGCGCUCUCCUCGGCAAACUCCCUGAGGCACUGCAAGAUACCGGUAAACAACUCGCCAAGCCCGCUCAGGAUUCUCUCGACAAAGGUAUCGCUGCUUUCUCGUCUGGCGGUGGCGGUGGUGGUGACAUGAAGCCUGCCGGUGACAUGAAGCCUUCCGGUGACAUGAAACCUGCCGGUGCUGUUCCUCCGCCACCCAUGGACAUGGGUGCGCCCGCCAGUCCUCCGGAAGCCGCUCCGCCAGCUCCUUCUUCCGCCGCCGAGUACCCGUCGCCAACGAUGCCCCCGGCCGGCAUGACUCCUCCAGCUGAAGCUCCUUCCUCCACCUCAUCUUGCCCUGAGACUACCACCAUGAUGCCUUCCAUGCCCAUGAUGCCUUCCAUGUCUACGAUGAUGUCUAUGGAGACUACUACCUCGAUGCCAAUGAUGUCCACCAUGCCCACCAUGCAUCCUACUAUGUCUACGAGCAUGAAUGCUUCUACGACUACUAUGCCUGUGAGUUACACUGGUGCUGCUCAUCAACAGGCUGUGGGAUUGGGUGCUUUGGCUGUGGGUGCACUUGUUGCUGUUUUGUAGGUUGGGGGUGUGGUGUGUGGGGGAUGUUGAUGUGGGUGGAGUGGAGUUGAGGUGAUGAGUUGAAGUGAUGUUGAGUUGAGGUGAAGUGGAAGUGGAAGUCCACAGAUUGCGGGGAUGGGGGCAAGAUGAGUGGAGCUUCAUUAAGAUAUUGAGUCUGCGCCGAAAAACAGGUCAGAGUCUCAGAGAGAGAGAAAGGCAGUGAAACUGGAAGCGCGAUUAUGUAUGCUUAAUGUCCAUUUACGUCAAUAUACACCCG